CCCAAGCCCUUUCUCUUACCCCCCGCACUCAGCUCAAGUAGUAACCGCCGCAUCGGAUCCAUUUCUCCGGCCCCUUCUCACUCCCCUGCGGCGGCGGCGGCGGCGGCGGCGCCACCGCAGUCUCUGAAGUGGGAUCGUGGUGGUGGAGUAGCAGUAGAUCUCGCCAUGGAUUACGAACGGAUCGAGAAGCCAUUCUCUCACCAGGGCGGAGGAGGGUUCUCGCCGAAGAAGCUUCGGGCGAUGUUGUUGGGAGCGGAGAAGAGGAGGAAGGAGGCGGAAGAGGUGGAGUCCGAGUUCUCGCUCAGAUCCGAGCUCACCGUGUCGGAAACCGAUGAAAGGCGUGGUAGUGUUUGCGACGAGUGCAAGGAUGUGGACAUGGUGAGCUCCACUUCGUUGGAGACCUCGAUCACUCACAGAUCGAGAGAUCCGAGGCUUCGAUCUCAGGACGAGGACUCUUUCGAUUCGGAGAGCAUAGCGUCCAAUUUCGAGUUCCACAAGGAUCGGAACCCUAAUCGAGCUGCGAUGGUGGCGGCAGCAACGAUCAUGCCGCCAUUCUCGAAACCGGCCCCGUCGAAAUGGGACGACGCGCAGAAGUGGAUUGCAAGCCCUAAUUUGAACAGGGUAGGCAAAGUUGGUGGCGCAAUGCCGAAGAAGAUGGAUAAGGUUGGGGUUGGUAACAGGUUCCCGGCCACGAAGGUAGUGGUCGAGGUUACGGAGGAAUUAGGAACGAAGAGGAUUGAUCAUAACCAAGCAAAGGUUUCAUGUUGUGUGCCUGAUCCCUAUCCAGAAAUGGAGAAUAUUGUUGCUGAAUCUGAGAUUACUAUUAGCCGCCAUGAUUCGUCUACAUCCCUUCAAAGUGCUACAGCAUUUGUAAAUCCCCCGUCAACAGUCAGAUCCGUAUCCAUGAGAGAUAUGGGCACCGAGAUGACUCCCAUUGCAAGUGAAGAACCUUCCCGGACUGGAACUCCUUUAAGAUCUACAACACCAACGAGAAGCCCUAAUUCUUCGCGGCCAUCAACUCCGAGGAGAGCACGACCUACUUCAGAGGCAGCUGCCCUGGCUGAGAAUCAUGGUGAUUGUAGCCAAAAGGAAUUAAGCGAACAGGAACUGCAAAUGAAGAUUAGAAGGGAAAUAAUGAUUCUUGGCACACAGUUAGGCAAGACCAACAUUGCGGCAUGGGCAAGCAGAGAGGAGCAGAGAACAGAUGCAUCUGUCUCUCUCAAUACUUUGUCCAUGGACCAACCAGGUCCUGCUAGUAGAGUUAUUGAAACCCGUGCGACAGCAUGGGAGGAGGCAGAGAAAGCAAAAUACUUGGCCAGGUUUAAACAAGAAGAAAUGAAGAUCCAAGCAUGGGAAAAUCAUCAAAAAGCGAAAACUGAAGCUGAAAUGAGAAAAAUUGAGGUUGAGGUGGAGAGGAUGAGAGCCAACGCUCACGAUAGGCUUAUGAACAAGUUGGCAGCAGCAAAGCAUAAGGCCGAGGCAAAGCGCGCAGCAGCCGAGGCCAACAGAAACAGAGAAGCGGCAAAAACUGCCCAGCAAGCAGAGUAUAUCAGAAGAACCGGCCGCAUACCGACCUCAAUUUCCUGCUGGGGUUGGUGCGCUUAGCUUUUCGUCUUCAACGAAGAAGCUCUCGGUAUCAUCUUCAAACUACUCGAGGUUUCUACCAUUCUUUUAAUUUGCCUGUAAAUUUUACUGUCAGAUAUUUUGUUCUAUGCUUUGUCUCUGCAGCUUGAAUUACUCUGUUCAUUGGAAAUUGAGCAUCUAUAUGUCACUUCAAGAUCAUUAACUUUUACUUUUUAA